UAACAGUGGCACAAAGUUGACAUGCUAACCAAUUAAAAGGAUGUCAAGUGGACAUGAAUCAGGAACCAUUCACUCAAGAAGUAACUUUCUAUAAACUUCAAAUUGAAGUUUGGUAAGCUAAUGAAAAAGAACUGUAAUGUGGUGCACAUCAGUACUACUAAGGAUUGAAAUGUAGCAACAAUGUUGUCAAAACUCCCUUGCAGAUCACCACCUCCACUCCCAGUCCCAGUCCCACCACCAAUGUCAUCCGAACCCUCCAUCCGAUUCGGUGUUCUGGGCUGCGCCGAGAUAGCCCGGAAGGUCUCCCGUGCCAUCACACUCGCUCCCAACGCCGAGCUCUACGCCGUCGCCAGCCGUUCGUUCGACAAAGCCAAGGCUUUCGCCUCAUCCAAUGGCUUCCCUCCUCACGCCAAGAUCUACGGCUCCUACGACUCCCUCCUCGAUGACUCUGACAUCGACGCCGUCUACAUCCCACUCCCCACCAGCCUCCACCUCCAUUGGGCCGUCCUCGCAGCCCGAAAAAAGAAGCACAUUCUGCUUGAGAAGCCUGUGGCCCUCAAUGCCUCUGAGUUCGACACUAUCGUCGAAGCCUGCGAAUCUAGUGGGGUUCAGCUCAUGGAUGGUACCAUGUGGAUGCACCACCCCAGGACUGCUGCCAUGAGAGACUUCCUCUCCGAUUCGAAUCGCUUUGGUCAGCUCAAGAUGGUAAAUGCAACUUUUACAUUCGCUGCCAAGUCUGAUUUUCUAAAGAACGAUAUUCGUGUGAAGCCCGACCUAGAUGCUCUUGGUGCUCUUGGGGAUACAGGGUGGUAUUGCGUCCGGUAAAUCCUAUGGACUGCUAAUUAUGAACUACCAAAAAAAGUAGUAGCUGUGCCUGGCGCUGUUCUUGAUGACCAUGGGGUGAUUUUGGCUUGUGGGGCUUCUUUACAUUGGGAAGAUGGUAAAGUAGCAACCUUUCACUGCUCUUUCUUAUCAAGCAUGGCCAUGGACGUCACUGCUAUUGGGUCUAAAGGUACGUUACAUCUUAAUGAUUUUGUAAUCCCUUACCAAGAGCACGAGGCCUAUUUUUCUGCAGCCACAGAAACCGGGUUCAAUGAGUUAGUCACUGGUUGGGUACCAAGGCCAAGCAAGCACAUCAUUACUGCUGAUCUCCCUCAGGAGACUAGGAUGGUAAGAGAAUUUUCUAAUUUGGUAACAGCUAUCAAAAAGGGCUCGAAACCUGAGAAACACUGGCCAACUAUUAGUAGGAAAACACAGCUGAUCCUGGAUGCGGUCAAGGCUUCGGUUGACAAAGGUUUCGAGCCUGUUGAGGUUGGAAAUUAGGUGGCUGUUUAGUGGUGUGCUUUGUUCAGAGUUUGCUGUGCUUAUUUAUGCCAAAAUAAAAGUAUGGUUUUGUAUUCCUUAUUCUGAAUAACAGAUUCUUUAUGCUGUGUGCUUAUUGAUUCUACGCCCUUUGUGAAUUUAAA